AUGGAGCCGGAUCCGGUCGCCGCGGCGGGGGCGUCUUCCUCGCCGCCGCCGCCGCCCUCCGACCACCAUAUCGCAGCGAUGGAGUCGGAUCCGGCCGCCGCGGGGGCAUCCUCCUCGCCGCCGCCCUCCGACCACCAGAUCGCAGCGAUGGAGUCGGAUCCGGUCGCCGCGGGGGCGUCCUCCUCCUCCCCGCCGCCCUCACCAGCGCCGGCCACGUCCCCGCCGUCCUCACCAGCGCCGGCCGUGUCCCCGCCGCGGCAAACGCGAGAUGACGAUGAGCGGGGAGCGGUGGAGUGCGCGGAUCCCGGGGGAGACCUGAAUCCCGCGCCACCGCUGUUGCCUCAGCAGGAUACAGUUGAGGACGCCACGGUGGGCAGCGAUGUCGAGCAGGAGGAGGCAAAGAAGGAGGCGAUGGCAGGAGCAGGGGAGGCUCUCCGCAGCUUCAUGGAGGAGUUUGGGGAUCAUGGAGAGGACUCUAUUAUCUUGUCACCGCGGCUGAAGGAGAUCAGUACUCCUGACCGCCCAGCUGCCCUCCGCUUCCUAGGGGAGAAGUAUAACAACCUCAUGGAGAGAUACAAGAAGCAGGUUGUCAAGUGCUCUGAGGAGUGUGAGCCCAGAUAUAAUGGUCUGAAGAAGAAGUACACAGACGAGUGUGCAGAGAGGCGGCGUCUGUACAAUGAGCUUAUUGAGCUAAGAGGUAACAUUAGGGUGUUCUGCAGAUGCAGACCUCUGAGCUCCGAUGAGGUCACCCGUGGGUGUUCAUCUGUGGUUGAGAUUGACCCAGCACAGGAGACCGAGCUGCAGUUUGUCCCUAAUGAAAAAGAAAGGAAGCCCUUUAAGUUCGACCAUGUUUUUGGCCCAGAGGAUGACCAAGAGGCCGUGUUUUCAGAAACAGUGCCCGUUGUUAGAUCAGUGAUGGAUGGUUUCAACGUAUGCAUCUUUGCAUAUGGGCAAACAGGGACCGGGAAAACUUUCACAAUGGAAGGGAUUCCAGAAAAUAGGGGUGUAAAUUAUAGGGCUUUGGAAGAACUGUUCAGAAUGUUGGAUAUUAAGCAAGAUGCUGAUGGAACACAAGAAGUUCAUGGUUUAGUUGAGGCUCCAGUUUAUAAUAUAGAUGGUGUUUGGGAGAAACUGAAGUUUGGUGCUCAAAAUAGAUCUGUUGGCUCAACCAAUGCUAAUGAACUCAGCAGCCGCUCUCACAGUUUGGUUAGGGUCACUGUUAGGAGCGAGAAUUUGGUGACAUGUCAGAGGAGCAGAAGCCACAUGUGGCUGGUUGAUCUUGCUGGAAGUGAGAGAAUAGCUAAAACUGGGGUAGAAGGAGAUAGGCUGAAAGAAUCACAGUUCAUCAACAAAUCACUAUCUGCCUUGGGUGAUGUUAUAUCUGCUCUUGCCUCAAAAAAUUCCCAUAUUCCAUACAGGAAUUCCAAGUUGACUCAUUUGCUCCAAAGCUCUUUAGGCGGAGAUUGCAAGACGCUAAUGUUCGUGCAGAUAAGUCCAAGCUCUAUGGAUUCAGGAGAAACUCUCAGUUCACUCAAUUUUGCGAGUAGAGUCCGGUCAGUAGAACACGGCCCUGCUCGUAAGCAAGUUGAUCCAGCGGAAACUUUGAAGUUCAAGCAGAUGACUGAAAAACUUCGGCAUGAGGAAAAGGAAAAUGCACAGCUGAAUCAACGCUUGCAGCUGAUGCAGCUCAAGCAUGCUUCUCGUGAGAAUGUCUUCAGGACACUAAAUGAAAAGGUGAAGGAUGCUGAACAAGCAUGCAGAAAUUAUCAGCAACGGAUUAGAGAGCUGGAAAAUGAAUUAGGUAAUGAGAAGAGGGCUUCUAGGGAUUCUGCUAGAUCCUCGAGGCCGCCACUUGUUCCACCGAGACAGAGACAAUCUCAGGGAAGGAAUAACAGCUACGUACCACCUUCAGGCCCUUCUAGAUGGAGGCUCAAAGCCCCCACAAUUAACAACAAAGAGAACAUUCCUGUCGCGAUGAAUAAACCAAAUCCUGUGGAUGAUCCUAAUAAGGCUCUUGGCAGAGCGAGGCGCGUUGCACUUACCCCGGUGAUGCGACAUGUCCCCAUCCAGCCCAAGAGGCGAUCUUCGAUGGCAAUACUACCUUCUGUGAGGGAGCAUUUUUGUGUGCUAAACGAGAAGAGAGGAGGCUCUCAACUGCCAAGAGGAUCAGUUGCAACAUUUGGUGUGAAUUUGGUUCCAGCAACACCCCUAGCAGGACAUGGUGGACCUGUUUAUGCUACCCCAGAUGGAGCAAAGUACAGGAAAUUUGAUUUGGGAAGCAGCAGCAAGUUCACAAGCCCUCCUCCAAAUGUGGGCAUGUGGAACAAGGUCACACCGCAGCAGAAGCUGGGAAUGGCACCGGCAGGAGGUCCUGCAAACGCAGCGAAGCUGUGCUUCAGCAUCCAGAAAAGAGUUACGCCUCCACGUGUUCGGCCAACUUCUGGUUUGGGCAUCUUCGACCCAGCUCUGCGUGAGAAUAUGGCUGUGGGGAUAGCCGGCAAAGCGCGGCGGGUGCUCAACGCCAAGAGAAGACAAUCUGUCAUCUAA